CUCGCUCGAGGGGUCUCCUCGAAGCCCGCGCGCGCGCUGGCCUCCCGCGCGCCGACCUGGGCUGAACUAACAAGUUCGGCUUUGGAGAAGGGGCUGGAGCCCCGCCACCGGCGCCUUGGGGCAACGGCCGUCGAGCAGCUGGUGCUGGCCGCCCGAGCCGGGAGGGAGACUCUCGCCGGGCGGGGAUGCUGGACGAGCUGGCGGGGACUCGCCUGUGCGUGGCCGCCACUCGGCCCGGCGCUGCCCGCCAGGGGGCGACGCCACGCGGGGUCCUCAGCCGGCGACCCGCCUCGAAGAGGCGGCGGGGGCCGUAGGGGAGCCGGCCGAGCAUCCCCCGAACUCCUCCGGCCCUCAGAGUCUUCCGAGUCCACCUUCCGAGGAGUUUGGAAACGAGCGACCCACGUUUGCUAUGUUGCCCUUUGGAGACAAAACGAGAGAAAUGGUCAACGCAUGGUUCUCAGAGAGAGUUCACAACAUCCCUGUAUGCAAGGAAGGCAUCCGAGCCCACACGGAGUCCUGCGCCUGUUCUUUGCAGCAGAGUUCUCAGGCAGACAAUACCACCGCUGGAGCACCAGCCAGAAAAAUCUCUGCCUCUGAAUUUGACCGGCCUCUUAGACCCAUUGUAGUCAAGGAUUCCGAGGGAACUGUGAGCUUUCUUUCUGACUCAGGAAAAAAGGAACAGAUGCCACUAACCCCCCCAAGAUUCGAUAGUGACGAAGGGGACCAGUGCUCCAGACUCUUGGAAUUAGUAAAAGAUAUUUCCAGUCAUUUAGAUGUCACGGCCUUAUGUCACAAAAUUUUCUUGCAUAUCCAUGGACUCAUUUCUGCCGAUCGCUAUUCCCUGUUCCUUGUUUGUGAGGACAGCUCCAAAGACAAAUUUCUUGUCAGCCGCCUCUUUGAUGUCGCUGAAGGUUCCACACUGGAGGAGGCUUCCAAUAACUGUAUCCGCUUGGAGUGGAACAAAGGCAUUGUGGGACAUGUGGCAGCUUUUGGUGAGCCCUUGAAUAUCAAAGAUGCCUAUGAGGAUCCUCGGUUCAAUGCUGAAGUUGACCAAAUUACAGGUUACAGGACACAGAGUAUCCUUUGUAUGCCAAUUAAAAACCACAGAGAAGAGGUUGUUGGUGUAGCCCAGGCCAUCAACAAGAAAUCAGGAAACGGUGGGACAUUCACUGAGAAGGAUGAAAAGGACUUCGCUGCCUAUUUGGCAUUUUGCGGUAUUGUUCUUCACAAUGCUCAGCUGUAUGAGACGUCACUGCUGGAGAAUAAAAGAAAUCAGGUAUUGCUUGACCUUGCUAGCUUAAUAUUCGAAGAGCAGCAGUCAUUAGAAGUAAUUCUGAAGAAAAUAGCUGCCACUAUUAUCUCCUUCAUGCAGGUGCAGAAGUGCACCAUAUUCAUCGUGGACGAAGACUGCUCUGACUCUUUCUCUAGUGUGUUCCACAUGGAGUGUGAGGAAUUAGGAAAAUCAUCCGAUACUUUAACAAGGGAGCAUGAUGCAAACAAAAUCAAUUACAUGUAUGCUCAGUAUGUCAAGAACACAAUGGAGCCACUUAAUAUCCCUGAUGUCGCUAAGGACAAACGAUUUCCCUGGACAAAUGAAAACACAGGGCGUACGAGCACACAUCGCAUUGGAAGUUUGCUUUGCACACCUAUAAAAAAUGGGAAGAAGAACAAAGUCAUAGGAGUUUGCCAACUUGUCAAUAAGAUGGAGGAGAAUACUGGCAAGAUUAAACCUUUCAACCAAAAUGAUGAACAGUUCCUGGAAGCUUUUGUUAUCUUCUGUGGCUUGGGGAUCCAGAACACACAGAUGUAUGAAGCGGUGGAGAGAGCCAUGGCCAAGCAAAUGGUGACUUUAGAGGUCCUGUCUUACCACGCGUCGGCAGCAGAGGAGGAAACAAGAGAGCUCCAGGCUUUAGCGGCUGCUGUGGUGCCAUCUGCCCAGACCCUUAAAAUUACUGACUUCAGCUUCAGUGACUUUGAGCUGUCUGAUGUGGAAACAGCACUGUGUACAAUUCGGAUGUUCACUGACCUCAACCUUGUGCAGAACUUCCAGAUGAAACACGAGGUUCUCUGCAGAUGGAUUUUAAGUGUUAAGAAGAAUUACCGGAAGAACGUUGCCUAUCACAAUUGGAGGCACGCCUUUAACACGGCACAGUGCAUGUUCGCUGCUCUAAAAGCAGGCAAGAUUCAGAACAAGUUGACGGACCUGGAGACACUUGCGUUGCUGAUCGCCGCUUUAAGUCAUGAUUUGGAUCAUCGUGGUGUGAACAACUCAUACAUACAGCGAAGCGAACACCCGCUGGCUCAGCUCUACUGCCACUCCAUCAUGGAGCACCAUCACUUUGAUCAGUGCUUGAUGAUUCUAAAUAGCCCAGGCAACCAGAUUCUCAGUGGCCUCUCCAUUGAAGAAUAUAAGACCACUCUGAAAAUAAUCAAGCAAGCAAUUUUAGCUACAGACCUAGCACUGUACAUUAAGAGACGAGGAGAGUUUUUUGAACUUAUAAGAAAAAAUCAAUUCAGUUUUGAAGAUCCUCUUCAAAAGGAAUUAUUUCUAGCAAUGCUGAUGACUGCCUGUGAUCUCUCUGCAAUUACAAAGCCCUGGCCUAUUCAACAACGGAUAGCAGAACUCGUGGCAGCUGAAUUCUUCGAUCAAGGAGACAGAGAGAGAAAAGAACUCAACAUCGAGCCUGCUGAUCUAAUGAACAGGGAGAAGAAAAAUAAGAUCCCAAGUAUGCAAGUUGGGUUCAUAGAUGCCAUCUGCAUGCAGCUGUAUGAGGCCCUGACCCAUGUUUCAGAGGACUGUUUGCCCUUGCUGGAUGGCUGCAGGAAGAACAGACAGAGAUGGCAGGCCCUCGCAGAGCAGCAGGAAAAGGCGCUUAUUAAUGGGGAAAGCAGCCAGACCAAGUGAGACUGACAGCGCAUCCCCCUGCGCAAACUGCCUGGUUUCUCCAUGCACUAUGCGUAUUUGUGUGCACUCUGCCACUGCUGUAUUUUGUUUUUGCACAGCUUUUGAGGGCAUAGCAUGAAUUGUUUUAGGGAUUACUGCCUAUCCACUAAAGUGAAAUGAGGAGUCAUUCACUUUGAACACAUUGAUAAGAAUGGUGUCAGUGGCUUUCCCACACUCAGCUUGGUUUUGCUCGGGGUGGGGGUUAUAAAUAACUGCCUUUGUGUUUCUGAGUCACUGGUCUUUCAAACACGUUAGGAGUCUUUCUCAAAAGUAGGUUGGAGGCAAAUUGAUUAUGCUCUGGGACAUCAUGAGAUGAAUGUUGACUGGGUGGAUUGUAGGGAGAAAUGAGGGGAAACUUGAAGUCUUAGCGUAGGUAAGGCGUUGAGAAACAAGAUGUGGUACCCAAUUGCUCUGCUCUUUCUGGGAUGGGGAAAACUUGCAGUACAGCCCAUCUAUGUGGCCGAGCAAACAGUUCUACAGCCAAUCUAUGUAGCAACCCUUCAUUCAGCACGUAGUCUCAGAACCCCACCUAAAGCCCAGGGCCAGAUGAUCCCCCCCCCCCACUAACUUCCCUUGAGAGAGUAUGUGCCAGACACAGGAGGGCUGGGAAUAGCUCUCAGCCAAGAGGAAUGUUCCACCCGAAGAUCUUUCUGACAAUCUGCAUUUUAAAUACUGAAAACUUUAAAAAACGAUUUCUUUUUAACUUUUCAUCGCCUAAACACAACAAUCAAGUUCCAACGGAAAAGUCCAGGGAGCACUUGCCUGAAGUCAGACAUGUCUACAGUAUGAAAGUGCAAAAAUUCGCCUUUAUUCCUCUCUCAAAUUUACAGGAAAAGAAGAUAAUUAGAUGAGUAGCAGAGGUUUGUCUCUGAAAGGGAGCUCAGACAAUGAGUUCAAAGGAACAGAGUGUGAAAUCUUCUGCCUGAAUAAAAACAGCCUUCGGUAUUGGGAGCAGAUAGUGAGCCACAUCCAGGAGCUGGGGUAGGGAAGAGUGUCUGUUCCAAAGGGGAAGAAAUGUUUGCAUUUGAGGAGGAUUAGAGGGAUUUGACUCAUUAACGCCCGCCCUUCCCCACCUCCUCCCAAAGUGGGCGAAGUAUCUGACCUGGGUUUCUAAUGUUAACUUGGAUCAAAAUGGUUUCUUUUUCCUUUUCUCUUUGCUUAAAUUCAACAUGUCCACUUUAGAUCCUGUGUAUGUACAUUUUAAUGUGGCUUUGUUCUUACUGAGAUGAGGAAAGGCAAAGCAGGUUAUACAUUACUGCUUUGUAUUGGUGGUGGGGGGUGUCACCAAUGCUGAUUGUAUUAUUGUUGUAAUACUUGUAUUUUCAGAAUAUUAUUUUAUUUGUGUUUCAAUUGUAUAAAUGAAAUCUGUAAGGUUGCCUCUAAUGCACUGGUGUGUAAAUUACACAGGCUGUCACUAACAAUAGUCAUAUCGGCAUACUGUAUACAUCCAUGCACGCAUACAUAAUUCCUGAGUGUAGAUAUGUGCUUAGAGAACACUCUCUUAGCCCAGCACCGAACCCCACAAGCUGUGACUGAGCAGUUAUGCUGAAAUGCAGUUGUAUUUGUAGCUUAAGUCACUGAGAACAUUUUUAAGGAUGACAUUCUAUGUGGAGGAUUUGUCUGCCAUGUUAACAAGCAAGAAGUCAGAGUGGAAAUUAUUUGGUUUGCUUUAGUAAUGGUUUAUUUUACCUACUAAUAUAAGCAUUAAAAUAGGAGGAGCAGUGCCAUGCCUAUGUUAUGUUAUUGCUGGGUAUUUUAGUACUAUUUUAUUCAAAUAAUUUUUAUUUUAUAGGAAAACCAUUCCAUACGUGGAUUUCUGUCUGUGGUACAAGAACACAAAUCACAGUUUUUGUUCUGAAUGUGAAUAUUUCCUUUCUAGUAGCCUCUCAAGUUGGGAUAUAUUUAUUAUAUUAUUAUAAUCUCUCCCUUAUGCUGCCAUGUAUUGAUAUUGCCCAUAAUGAACAAGAUAUUGUUCUUGUCCUAGACCGUUUGUUUGGUUACUUGCUUGACUGGCUAUAGAAAAAUAAUAUAACAUUUAAUUUUAAUUUUUAGCCAGAAAAAUCCCUGUGUUUUGGUAACUUGUCUAUAAGGUUUUCUGAUCUUAUAUGUUUAGAAGAUCUGCCUUUGCUGGUCAUGAUGCUGUGUGAAUGUGUGUAAGUCAAUUAACCUCUGCACCUAAGGAAGCUGUAUUCCUAAUGUAGUUAGGUUUGGACAAAGCCUGUGAUCAAAGAAAAUGUCACAGGAGGCAGCUAGCUCCUAAGCCUUUCUUACGGGCCUUUGAGACCACUGUCGGAAAUGGGGUAUUGGAGUAGAGAAGUGAUCUCAUCCCAUAGGUCAUUUCUCAUGUUGAGUUCUUCAGAUGGAAAGCAAGUACAUUUAAUCCACUCCACAUGGACCUGGCUCGGAGCAUAGAGCCAGGAUGCUGCUUUGUCACUGGCUGAUUAAUUACAAAGAAGAGUUUCUGUUAGUAGCAGCAUGGAGAUAAGGAUGGAUAUGGAAAUGUACUAGAAAUAUUGGUUUCUUGAAGGAACUUGAAUCCCAGACAAUUUUUGCCUACCAGUAAAGUGCCUUUACUCUCAGAGUGUCGCAGAAGUGUGAGGCUUGGCACCUAUUAUUGCAUUUCCAAAUAUCCUGGGGUUUCCACUAGAUUGCACUCCUAAACCGUAGCAGGUAAGCAGCAAUGCUUUACUUUAGCCUGAUUUAAGAUGACAGAAGACAAAGUGUUCCCUUGCUCUCCUGUAAACAGCUGUUUCAAAUAAGGUGGCAGAAUGUAUUUACUUGGUAUAAGCCAUGCAUCAGGCCACCUUUUAUUAAAUGCUCUCCAUAUGUUAUUAAAUCUUGUCUGUAUGUUAGGUACAGUGCUCGGGGCUGAGUCAGAGCAGUAACUCCAAGGAGCUCACAGGCUAUCAAGGAAAUAACUAAGAACAUUGUUUCUCACCUCACCAACUUCACGAGCAGGAGUAGAGGCUGUUCCAUCACUUUCCUGUUCAUCUGCACCAUGCAUACUGUGCACCUUUCCCCAGAGUUUCUUAUCCGUCUGUGAACACCCUGUCUUCCUGUCACCAUGGAUCUUUUAACCUGCUGAUAGCCUGAAGAACACCUGUGUGAGCAGUCACAUCUUCCGUGAUCAUGUUUCCAUAUUCCAGUCAGGCUGUGAGGGGUCAGAGUUCUCGUGAAUCCCCUCUGCCCUCUCACAAAGAGCAAAGAAGCAAGUGUUAGAGCUUACCUCACCCCGCUUCAUUCUUAUCAAAAAGCCUGUGUGGACCUGUCUUGAAUGUUGUUGAAAGUGAUGUAAAUAGCUGAAAAUGUAAAUUUCUAUUACAGUUUAAGAAUUCUAAUGAACAAUCACUCACCACUAUUGAGAUCUAUUUGUAUUCUUAAUGCCUUUUCAAUAUAUCUGAACAAAUAUAUAGUUUCUGGCACUAUUUUUAUACUAGCAUACAGGAGUUACUGUGUAAAUUAUGUUUUGUUGUGAAGCCAUUUAAAAUGAUUGAAAUGCUGGUUUCUUUUCUUUCCUCUCACCACGCCAAAAACCAUUUCCGACCAUCCUUCUGUGAGGGGUGGGUCACUGUGCAGAAGCGGAAAUGCUUGCCCACCCACCCCGGUCCCUGUAGAGGUAGACAUGAUCGAGGUGGUUUUCCAUUGUGCAAAGUCGUCACACGUCAAUUGUAUCAUUUUGCAGUGCUGUAAAAAUAAAAUGAAUGGACAAGAACUGGAUGUGGUGUAAUCAUUAGGGGGUAUUGAGGUUUAAGAAUAAGGAAAUGAUAGGAAAA